CGUCGGCAUAGACGUAUCUCCCGCUUUCAGGGAACACUUUCUUCGGAAAACUCGCGCACCCGCGUUCCCAAUGCCUCCCAAACUCUUCAAACAAUGUCAAAAGCAAUAAACAUCGAAUUUAUCAUAAUCUUAAUAACCACACAGUGCGUCAAUCUAAACACAGUUCCCGAUACCAAAGAAAAAAAACUUCUGAGUGAUAGUGAAAAUUCGAGUGCAAUUUUCGAACUCAAAAACAAACAGUGCAAUUACUUUGGUGAUUAUUUCUUGUGUUCAUUAGACCAUUUGAAACAGUGGAAAAAGCGUAGAAGAUGGUGCUAUUUAAAGUUGAAUAAAGAUUUGUUUGUGCGGAGUAAAAGAAGUUCGGAACCGAGAAAUCCGGUCAGACGACUGUCGGAGUCUUCGGUCUCUGAUGAAAGUACUCUGGUAGAGGACUUUAAAAGGCGUUGGCCCGUGGAGCUAUGGCGGAACUAUUUGUUCAGUGAUGACUACUUGCUGCUUAUCAACAGCCACUGGUUGCACUUCGCGCCGCCAGACCCGUCGUCGAACUAUAUUCUCGGCACACUGUACAUUGGCAUGAUGCUGGUGGGAACCACUGGAAAUGCACUAGUGCUCCUGAUGUAUUUUAGAUGCCGCACCCUGCGCACUCCAGGCAACAUCCUGGUGGCCAACCUGGCGCUGAGCGACUUCUUCAUGCUGGCUAAGACGCCGGUCUUCAUAUUCAACUCGUUUAAUCAGGGACCGGCUUUGGGGAAAACCGGAUGUGUGAUUUACGGGUUCGUCGGCGGGCUGACGGGCACCACGUCGAUCGCGACGCUGGCCGCCAUUGCGCUGGACCGCUACUGGGCCGUGGUGCGCCCACUAGAGCCGCUACGAGCGCUCACCGCCGUGCGCGCGCGCCUGCUCGCCGUCGGCGCCUGGAUUUACGCCGGCGUCUUCGCCUCCAUCCCCGCCCUGGACAUCGGCUAUGGCCGCUACGUCCCCGAAGGCUACCUCACCAGCUGCAGCUUUGACUAUCUAACUGACGAACUCCCACCCCGCUACUUCAUCUUCACUUUCUUCUGCGCCGCCUGGGUCGCACCCUUCUUCACCAUCACAUUCUGCUAUCUCAACAUACUCCGCGUCGUCGUCUGCAAUAGAAACGUUCAAACCAAAAACCAGGAACAACGACUCUCCUCCAGGCACGUCAAGGAACAAGUCAAACGUAAAGCCGAAAUCAAACUAGCGGCUCUAGUCAUAGUUGUAAUUGCAUUGUUCUUCGUGUCUUGGACCCCCUACGCGAUCGUAGCGCUCAUGGGCAUUUUCGGUAAGAAGGAUUUAAUUACGCCGAUAGCUUCUAUGAUUCCGGCAUUGUUCUGCAAAACCGCCGCUUGUAUAAACCCUUUCAUUUACAUAAUCACCCACCCAAAGUUCCGGAAGGAAUUUAGGAAGUUACUAUUCAGAGAUAAGUCUAGGCGUAUGAGCACUUAUACUAAAACGAUUGGGUAUACAGAGACAGAGGCUUCCAAAAUGAAACGGGCGAGUAAAGAUCUUAGCGACACAGAUGUGGAAGUUAUCCAGAUGAAGGAUAUACCAUAUGACACAGAGGAAAGCGCUAAACUGCCGCCCAGCACCGUAAAGACGAUUUCCUCCAGGGUUUCGGAGAGGGAAGGCUCCCAGAGAAGCGUUAGCAUGAAGAGCUUCGAAGACAGUGUCGUAAGCCCACCAUCUUGGUACGCUAAACCCAAGUUUGCAAAGAAGAAGAGUUUCCACCGGCGAUCCUCGAAGAGUGUUGUAUCUAUGAAUACAGAGCCCAUUGUCUUGUAACUGAAAAAAUUAUAUUUUUAAAUCUCAGAUGCCUCAGUUACAAGCAAUAAGGUAGGCAAUAUUUCACUGUAUAUUUUGAUGUUCAUAAAUCAGACACAAUAUAACAGGUAGACACUGACUUGACUGUAGUAAGAAUGGUCACCAACAUUUGAAAGUUUCUAAUCCAUUAAAAGAUAUAGAUCAUGACGAACAGUUUUUAGCUCAAAUAUAAGUGAAAAUAGAGAUAUAUCUAUCAGCACCCUAAUUGAAGCAGGUAGAUCUUAGUAAAUAAAUGUUUCAUUUGCUGUUGGUUAUGUACCGACUCCUUAUAUUAAUAUUUCUUGGACCAGUCAGAUAGUAAUAGAUAAAAUGCACUAUUAUCACUAUUAUUUAAGCUACCUUAAAUUAUAACGGAUCUUUUAAACAAGUAAUUUUAGUAUGCUAAAAGUAGUAUGCUAAGAUUGAACAAUGUGAUAUAAAUACUGUAUGACUGUUAAGAUGUUUUAGGUACUUUGAAAGACAAAAUGCACGUUUGGACUGUAUAAUACUUUAUGUCGUAAGUAGGUACUCAUAAAAUAUUGUGUCCCUUAAAAGUUGUAUACCUACACAAUUCCUUUGAAGUAGAAUGCAAUUGUGACAGAAUAUAGGUGCGAUUUUGCCCGAAAUAAAGUGACAUAUUAUGUUAAUAUUGACAGUCUGAUGUGGAUCGUAUUUGUGUUGGAUGAAUCCAAAGGGUUAUAGGUACCCUUUGUCACUCACACAAUUCAAAUGCCACUUUAAAGAAGUAGAAAUAGUGAGCUCACCCUCAAAUCGUAUUUAUUCGUAUUCAAUCUAUAAGUAGGUAAGUACCUAGAAAUUACAAUAGAAAUAAAUUCCUUUCUUUAUUGACAAUACCUAUUACGCGUCGUUAUUUUUAUCAAUCCUUAGUUAUAUUUUGCGAGAUGAAUAUAAUAUAGAUCAUUCUAAGCGACAUCAUAAAUCGCGAAAAAAAUUGACUGUUUCAAACAUUUUGGCUGAACACACGUCGAUGUUCUUCUCUAUU